GCUGGCAGACUGACAGAGUGCCAGACUACAACUCCCAGAAUACACCGAAAAAUCAAACUGCGCACCCUAUCAUGUGAAAGGUGAUCGUGUACUACGCGACUUCCGCCGUGUAGUACAGGUUGGGAAUGCGAGUAGCGAUUGGCUGGCGCUUGAUCCGCUUGUCAACGUGCUGGGGAGCAAGAAGCGGUAACGGAGGAGUGAGCGCGGCAGGACGAGAGGCUCCUUGCGACUAGUCCUUUUGCCAUGGAUGCUGAAGAAAUGAUGGAAUGUAUCAAGGAAUUCCCUGAGCAUUAUAAAGUUAUUUUGAAUAGACUGAAUGAGCAACGUGAGCAGGAUCAGUUUACAGAUAUCACUCUGAUUGUUGAUGGUCACCAUUUCAAAGCUCAUAAGGCUGUUCUUGCUGCCUGUAGCCAGUUCUUUUACAAUUUUUUUCAAGAUUUCACUCAGGAGCCCUUGGUGGAGAUUGAAGGUGUAAGUAACAUGGCAUUUCGUCACCUAAUUGAGUUCACCUAUACAGCAAAACUAAUGGUCCAAGGUGAGGAAGAAGCAAAUGAUGUUUGGAAAGCAGCCGAAUAUCUACAGAUGUUAGAAGCAAUCAAAGCACUUGAAAUCAGGAACAAAGAAAUUUCAUCACCCUUAGAAUCAAAUCAAACACAAGAUAAAAAUAAACCAAAGAAGAGGAAGGUAGCUGAAACCUCUAAUGUUAUCACAGAAACACUACCACCUGCAGAAUCAGAGCCUGUUGAAAUUGAGGUUGAGGUUGCUGAAGGGAUGAUUGAAGUGGAAGAUGACAGCAUCGAAACACUUGAAGUAGCUUCUGCAGAGCAAUCCAUAAAGUACAUACAGACAACAGGUACAUCAGAUGCAUCCGCUUUGGCUCUUUUAGCAGAUAUCACCAGCAAGUAUCGUCAGGGAGAGGAAAAAUGCCAGAUCCGGGAAGAAGAUGAUAGUGCAUCUGAUACCUUGUGCAAACAGGUAGAAGGUUUUGAAAUUGUGGAACUUCAGCCGUCACAUAUGAAGAAUUUAUUCCGCUGUGCGAAAUGUAACCGUUCAUUUAAAUUGUUUUACCAUUUUAAGGAACACAUGAAAACACACUCUACUGAGAGGUACAAGUGUGACAUAUGCAAAAAGAGGUACCUACGAGAGACUGCUUUGAAACAGCACCUCACCUGUUACCACCUUGAUGAAGGUGGUGCCAGCAGGAAGCAAAGAUCUGGUAAAAAAAUACAUAUAUGCCAGUACUGUGAUAAGCAGUUUGACCACGUUGGACAUUUUAAAGAGCACCUUCGGAAGCACACAGGUGAAAAACCAUUUGAAUGUCCAAACUGCCAUGAACGCUUUGCUAGGAAUAGCACGCUCAAAUGUCACCUCGCAGCCUGUCAGUCUGGAGCUGGAGCUAGAAAGGGAAGAAAGAAGCUGUACGAAUGUCAGGUGUUCUGGAGCAUCACCCUGUUCCCAUGCAGUCUGGAUCAGUCCAUGGCAGAUGGUAGAGCUGCCCCUGGGGCAGUCGAUUCCAAGUGUACUGGAUGCCCCUCCAAGUAAAAGCAAACUGUGGCCUGCAUACAUUUUUCAAAUAUUUUACUAUUUUUUUCUGGAUCCUGCACCUCUUCAGGGGUCAUAUCCCAAAACACUGUAGGUGCCUGCUGUCCUAGGUCCUUGAUCAUACUAUCUCACACACCCUGCCACUCAUAACUAUCCAGCCUCAGGGAAGAUUUCCUGGUGGUAUUCUUACAUAGCUGUUUAACCUUAAACAGGGUCUGAAACAUAUUCAGCAACAUGCUGGUUCCUAGCAAAAGGACCAGGUUGGUUUCAAGGGUAUUCAAAGGAUAUUAAAAAACUUUAAAAUUCUCAAAUGCUACUGUAAUCAAUCUGGAGGAGAAGGAAGGAGGGAAGAAAGGAAGCAAGGUGUAGGAAGAUAUCUCCCCCAUAUAUUGACCGAGAAAAAGCAAAAAGUGUAAGUAUUAAUAAUUCCUAUUAGCUGACUCCUUAAGUACAGAGGUGACAGCAUUGCUGACUGCACAUACCAGAUUAGCUUCAUGAUCGGCAUUUCUAUCAUUUCAUAAGCCAGUGUUACAAAGUACAACAAAAUUAUAAUCUUAGCCCAGGCCCUAAUAAUGAUAAACAUCACCACAGGGAAUACCUACUGCAAGUAAGGUGUUACAUAUUGCAACUCUGAGACCAAGCACAACUCUGAGAGCAAAUAAAUCAAAAUUGUGACUAGUGACUAUUAAACCAAUGCAGUGAAUGCUUUAACAAAUU